UACCACUGUACGUCGAAUCUUGGAAGGUAACCGCCCCGAACAGACGAACAACAAAAAUGGAGUUGUGAACUAGUAGCAAGUUAGCUUCAAAGCACGUUCAAUUCAGUUUAGGUGUAAUUACCUUUACAUGAGUGGAAGUUUCCAGCUGUUUGAAGUGGCGUGAUGCAAUUAUACCGAAGUCAUACGUAGUUAAGUCGUAAGAAGUUGUCGAACGGGUAAACGAACCAGUAUCUUGGCUACGACAAAGACAACAAGGCUUAGUUAGCUAGCUUAAACGGUAGCAUCUGCUCCUUAUCCCUCUACCGUUAGCUAGCUAGUAAACGAACGAAGAGCGUGACUCUGACAGAAAUGGAGAAGUCAGAUUUCUUGAAGGGACUACCUGUCUACAACAAGAAUAACUUCAGCAGGUUCCAUGCAGACUCUGUAUGUAAAGCAUCAAACCGCCGACCAUCUGUGUAUCUUCCAACCCGGGAAUAUCCAUCGGAGCAGAUCAUAGUCACAGAGAAGACAAACAUCCUUUUGCGAUAUCUUCAUCAACAGUGGGACAAAAAGAAUUCAGCAAAAAAGCGCGAGCAGGAACAAGGAGAGGGGGAGAACACGGCACCGCCACGGAAAAUCGCCAGAACUGACAGUCGGGAACGGAAUGAGGAUUCGUGAUUUGCUGUGCUGUUGAUGCACACCCAGCAGAGACUGACCUAUACAAACAAAAUGCAUUAUGCAGAACACAUGUUUGCAAAACCAGGCCUUGACACUGAAGCCCUCAAGGAUACAUUACAGUUCAGACCCCAGUCGUCAUGACGUUAGUCCCCAAAAUACAUUGGUCAAUCUUUGCAUUCAAAUUCCGAUUUCCUUCUUUUCUCCUCAGUUACUUUUCUACUCUUGACCAGUAUUUUCUUCCAAGACACCUCUGCCUCAGAUUUCAGUCCUUGUAGUGUAAAAAAUUCUUCCUUAAACCCUCAGAGUUGUCCUAACUUAUGCUCACAGUUUUCUUUUAAAGGGAUACUUUGCAUAUUUGAAUCCAGCUCUGUGUCAUCUUUGUGUGGGCAGUGUGUUUAGGGGAAUCGUUGCUUCACUCCUUAGCACCAGUGCACGGAGCAGCCAGGGUCCGUCGAGAACACGCUGGGUCGACAACCUCGACCGACGUCCUUUGCUCUGCUCAGCUGUGCGCUCCGUGCCCUGCAACUUUGGAGGGAAGCUGCACCAUUCAUCUGCACACGCUGCCAUGACACAGCUGGUUUUAAAGCCACAAAAUAUCUCUUUAAAUAUGCAGCUGCUCUGCUUCUAUUUAAGGCUUUACAGCUGUAGUUAUUCAUACCAUGUGCAUGUUUUAAUGUAAGUCUACAUAAAUAAUUAAGUGGCAUGCCAUCUUUUGUGGCUCUUACUUAAUUAGGAUUUUUUAUUUUUGAAUGACAUAAUGACAGUAGUCCUUUUAAAAUAUAUCUGUACUGCCAUAACCGUAACUGAAAAUAAAACUGCAUGGUGUUUUGUUGUUUAGAUUUAACCAUGCAUUCAGGGGUUGUUACAGACAGUUGCAGAAAAAGCCAAGUGCUAAAAGAAAUGUUCCCUUGUUUGCUCCUGAUGAAUAAUGAUUUAUUGCCUUAAAUGGAAGUGAGUGUGUUUUCACUAUGUCUUAGAGCGACCCCUAGGUUGUCACCAUUGUUUCAGGUGAUACAAUUAACCACUGGAGUUGAACGGAUAUUAGUGUCUAUAAAGACACGUUCAAGCCAAUACAGUCAAACUAGAGGAUGCAGUUUUUGUACAGCGUGACGUGCAGAUUUUGUAGCCACAUUCUAGAUUCUAUUCUAGUCUGAGCUCCCGACCUUAUAAGCAGAGUGUGUAUCUUUGUAGUUUCAAGGUUAGCACACUAUUUUAUGGAAUGAAGAUGAUUACAGGUAUGCUUAAAUUUAAAACUUAGCUGUCCUGAUGUGUAGGCUUACCCUGGAAAUCCAGAAUUCUCGUGAGAGCACAAUUCAGUUUGCUCAGCGAGAUACUCUGGCAUCGAGUAAUGCUGCUCAUUAACUAUGCCCUUGUAGCCUAGCUGCGCCAAUCACGUUGGUGUGUCUGAGUAUCCUCGAGUUGGGCGACUUUAAUUACUUAAUGCCAGACUCUUAAUCUUUCGGAUUUGGCUCUGGAAUUCCAUGUAGGCUACAUGUAAGAAGAACUGCUGUCAUUUGCUUAAACAGGUUGCUUAUUUGAGUUUCCUACAUGUGUUUUUGAUAGCAGGUUAAAAUAAAGAGUGUGUUUGCUGCUCAUAAAGUUGGUAAAGCUAAUGCUUCACAAGUCUUGUAUAUUUGUACAGUAUGUAUGUUGUGAUUGUCCAGACCCCUUUAUCAGGUAACAAGACAAUGACUCACUCUGGUUUGGUCUUAGCCAUUUUGUUAUAUCAUUUUGUUUAGCCUUUUUGUAUUUGUAUGUUGGAGUGAUUCAAGCCAGAGUUCAGUCAAUAAAAACAAAAGCAUUUUGCUUAAUUUGCUUUGCACCUUUA